UUUCAGUUUUCCACCAGUCUAAUCUGUUUCGCGGCUACAGUUUAGAAAGAAACCCCAUUGAAAAUGUUUGAGCUGGCGGCAUUGGUGUUGUUUGUGCUAAUAGCUGGGUAUCCUUGUGGAGCUCUGGCAAGUUCCUCUAAAAAAGAAAGUCCUGGAAGUCAAAAUAAAGAGCUAGAGACCCGCUGUAAUCCGUACUGCUUCUGGACGAUAGAGCCAAUUAUGGACCACUACCAAGCCUUGAAGGACGAAAUUACCGCGCAAAAGGAACUGCAGGGAUUCGAGAGGAUAGGAUCUGACUUAUAUUACAUCGAGCACGUCAAAACGCUAAAUUGGACCGAUGCAUCCGAAGCCUGUCGCAAGAUGAGCGCUCGGAUAACGGAUAUCAAGGACGAAAAGGAUUAUCGCGCCGUUUUAACGAGGCUGGGCGAAAGGAAGUACUGGACAGACAUUACAAAACGGGGCGAGGAAAAGGAGUACACUUCCGCCUCCACCGGGAGGAAAGCUCCUUUCAUCAAGUGGUUCACAGGUGAAACGGACAACAAGAGCAACACGCACUGCCUGGCUAUAAAUGGUAGACAAGAUGGUAGAAUGUGGGACGAUGACUGCAGCUUUGACCAUUAUUAUAUAUGUAAGAGAGUUAAAAAUGUUGAAAAAUAAAAAAUGGGUUUUUUAAUAAU